CGACUUUUCAUCGUCCAGAGAUAAUCGCUCCUCCUAGCCAAGACAUACGAGCUUACAAUCAAGCAUCGGUACACGUUUGUUGCUAAUAGACAACAAAAUGGCCAAAUUAAGUGCAGCAAUCAUAUGUAUAAUGGGUUUCGUCGCCCUUGCCAGCGGCGCCUUCAAUUGCCCAAGGGACGACGGCCAGUUCGAAGACCCGAAACAAUGCGACAAAUUUUACGAGUGCAUUGACGGCUUACCGAUUGAAAAGUACUGCCCGGACGGUCUGGUCUUCGACCCGUUAAACAGGAAAGUCAACAAAUGCGAUCACGUAUUCAACGUCGAUUGCGGCGAAAGGCUCGAACUCCAGCCACCUCAGCCGACGAAAAAGUGCCCGCGCAGAAACGGAUUCUUCGCCCACCCCGACCCAUCGGUCUGCAACAUCUUCUACAACUGCAUCGACGGCGACGCCAUUGAGAUCACCUGCACGACCGGACUGCACUUCGACGAGUACAGCGGCACCUGCGUCUGGCCCGACAGCGCCGGACGCCAGGGCUGCGGCGAGGUCGGCAAGGAGCUCUCCGACGGCUUCCGCUGCCCCAAGGACACCGGACUCGACAGCCGAGGCCAGGCCGUCGACCAUCCCAAGUACGCCCAUCCCGAGGACUGCCAGAAGUUCUAUGUCUGCCUGAACGGCGUCAACCCCCGUGAGCAGGGCUGCAGCGACGGUACGGUCUACAACGACGUGGCCCAGAGGUGCGACGCCCCCGAAAACGUUCCUGGAUGCGAGGACUGGUACAAAGAAGAACCCAAGAAACACUAAAUCGGCGCAUCGUGUAAAAAAAAGCUCAUCAG